AUGAUCUUAUGCAACUACCUGUGCCAUGGUACGUUGUUUCUCUUUGGACACCUGAACGACUUCCUCCGCCGACAUGGGCUGCUGCAGAGCUUCGAGAAGGUGGAGCGCAACCGCGACGGCUACAAUGCCCUCUUCUCCAGCUUCGCCACCUUCUACAUUCGCAACAUCAUUCACCGGCUCAUCGACAUGUGGUGUCAUCCAAUCAGCUCAGUGCCCGGAGCUGUCAUUGACAUUCUCGAGCGCAAAUACGGCCCUUACAAUGCAUCUUGGAAAUACACUGGUCGGACGAUUAAAGCCAUCAAUAUGGGCUCUUACAACUACUUAGGAUAUGCCGAAAAUGAAGGCCCUCGGAUCGAAGCCAUUCGCGAUGAGCUUCCUAAAUUUGGCGUCGGUCUUGGCUCCUCUCCCAAUGAAUUAGGUACAUUUGAUAAAUUUGUUCAACUCGAAACUCAGGUAGCACAGUUUUUGGGCGUCGAAGACAGCGUCGUCAUUGGAAUGGGCUUUGCUACUAACGCCCUAUGUUUGCCAUGCCUUUUUGGACCAGGCAGCUUGGUGAUUUCAGACCAAAACAAUCAUGCUUCGCUGAUUCUCGGCUGUAAACUGUCCGGCGCCAAGGUGCAAGUAUUUAAGCAUAACGAUAUGAAUCAUUUGGAAAAGUUACUGCGCAACGCCAUUGUGUACGGUCAGCCAAACAAGACAAACAGUUUAGGUGAAGUUAGUAGGGUACCGUGGAAGAAGAUCAUCAUCAUUGUUGAAGGCAUCUACAGCAUGGAGGGCACCAUUGUUAAUCUUCCUGAGGUGAUUCGCCUAAAGAAACGCUACAAGGCCUACCUCUACAUGGACGAAGCGCACAGCAUCGGUGCGAUGGGUUCUCGCGGUCGUGGCAUUUGCGACUACUAUGGCUGUGAUCCUAGAGAUGUCGACAUUCUGAUGGGCACCUUUACCAAGAGUUUCGCGGCUGCUGGCGGCUACAUUGCCGGCUCGAAACGAAUUAUCGACUACAUUCGAUCGUCCUCGCCUAGCUUCUACUACUGCACUACCAUGGCGCGGCCAAUAGUGCACCAGAUAUCCUAUAUUUUGGACCAAUUUCUGGCGAUGGACAAGAACAACAAUCAAAACAAGGCAAUGUGUGAUGUACAGCAGAGAAUAGUUCAGCUGAGGAAGAACACACACUUCUUUCGACAAAAGUUAAAAGAACUGGGUUUCCAUAUUGACGGUGACGAUGACUCGCCAGUUGUGCCCAUCAUGGUCUACUCGCCUUCACUGCUAAAGUAUUAA